AUGCCAGAAGCUUCCAUGAUCGAAUGUCCCGAAAACAACUCUACCCUCGGUCGCUGCGAACAACCAAAGUACUUCCUCGAGAAAAUUUAUUACGGAACAUUUACCGUUGUUGGAUUCAUCGUCCCUAUGAUUGUGAUCAUCACAUCUUACUACUUCAUCAUGCAAAAGGUGCACAAGUCACGCAUUCAAAUCAAAAAAAUUGGGACGAAAAAUGAUGGAGCAGAUUCAAGGAAAAAUUUUAACCGGACGAUUAUGAUAUUUUUCGUAGCGACAUUGAUCUGCCUCCUUCCUUACAUCUGCUACCAGAUCAUUCUUUUCUACAUGAUUCCGUUAUCGAGUUACCAUUGCGAAGGAUUCAAAAAUGUCUCUCAAUCUUUCCUAAUUAUGAGUCCGAUUUUGAAUGCGAUUCUUUACUCGUUUCUUGGAAGAAAAUUCAGGGAAGAAUGUUUCUCGACUUUUACGCCUUCUUACUUAGAGGAAACAUCAAUGAGAAUCUUCGGAUUCAGAGGCCGCUCACAACGGAAUCCAACUCUUGCAACAGAUUCGACAGCAUUUUCUGGUAGACAUUCGGGCUCUCGCUUUUCAAGGAGCUAUCCAAAGCAAGAAUCGACGAGAAUUUCAACUUCUGUUCGCGCCAUGUCGUCUUCUUGCCAAGAGCAAAGCUAA